CCCUGCAGCACCUCCCCUCGCGGGGAGGGAGCCAGAGGGGGCUCCGGGCGCCGCGCCGCAGACCUGCUCCGGCUGCUCGCCGCGCCGCUCUCUUCCGACAGCUGCAGCAGUCGCCGCGGCGCGCGCAGCUCCUCCCUGGAGCCGAGGGGACGAGCGCGCCUCUCCUCCGCUUCCAGCACCCCCAACCUGUUCCCCGCGCGCAGCGGUGCAUUCGCCGCCCGACAUGGAUUUCCUCCUGGCUCUGGUGCUCGGCUCCUCGCUCUACCUGCAGGCGGCUGCCGAGUUCGACGUGAGGUGGCCCAGGCAAAUAGUGUCAUCCAUUGGCCUGUGUCGUUAUGGUGGGAGGAUUGACUGCUGCUGGGGCUGGGCCCGCCGGUCCUGGGGACAGUGUCAGCCUUUCUACGUCUUAAGGCAGAGAAUAGCCAGGAUAAGGUGCCAGCUCAAAGCUGUAUGCCAACCACAGUGCAAACAUGGUGAAUGUAUUGGACCCAACAAGUGCAAGUGCCAUCCUGGAUAUGCUGGAAAAACCUGCAGUCAAGACGAACACUUCUACCCAACUCCUCUUGACCAAGGCAGUGAACAGCCUCUUUUCCAACCCCUGGAUCAUCAAGCCACAAGUUUACCUUCAAGGGAUCUAAAUGAGUGUGGCCUGAAGCCGCGACCCUGCAAGCACAGGUGCAUGAACACUUACGGCAGCUACAAGUGCUACUGUCUCAACGGAUAUAUGCUCAUGCCAGAUGGGUCCUGCUCAAGUGCCCUGACGUGCUCCAUGGCAAACUGUCAGUAUGGCUGUGAUGUUGUCAAAGGACAGAUACGGUGCCAGUGCCCCUCUCCUGGCCUACAGCUGGCUCCUGAUGGGAGGACCUGUAUGGAUGUUGAUGAAUGUGCCACCGGGAGAGUGUCCUGCCCUAGAUUUAGGCAGUGUGUCAACACUUUUGGGAGCUACAUCUGCAAGUGUCAUAAAGGCUUCGACCUCAUGUACAUUGCAGGCAAAUACCAAUGUCACGAUAUAGAUGAAUGUUCCCUUGGUCAGUAUCAGUGCAGCCGCUUCGCUCGAUGUUACAACUUGCACGGGUCCUACAAGUGUAAAUGUAAAGAUGGAUACCAGGGCGAUGGACUGAGUUGUGUGUAUAUUCCAAAAGUCAUGAUUGAGCCAUCAGGUCCAAUUCAUGUACCAAAGGGAAAUGGUACUAUUUCAAAGGGUGACGGAGGACACAGUAAUUGGAUUCCUGACGUUGGAAGUACUAGGUGGCCUCUGAAGACACCAUAUAUUCCUCCUGCUACCAACAGGCCCACUUUUAAGCCAACAAUAAGACCUACACCAGAGCCAACACCGCAGCCAACCCCACCGCCAUCCACAGAAUUCGGAACAUCACCAAUAACAACCCCGGAAAGACCAAGCACCAGACUAACAACUGUACUGCCAGUUGCCACUACAUCUCCAAGAUGGAUUACAGUUGACAACAGGAUACAGACAGAUCCUCAGAAGCCCAGAGGAGAUGUGUUCAUUCCACGGCAGCCUUCAAAUGACUUGUUUGAAAUAUUUGAAAUUGAAAGAGGAGUCAGUGCAGACGAUGAAGCGAAGGAUGAUCCAGGUGUUCUGAUACACAGUUGUAAUUUCGACCAUGGGCUUUGUGGAUGGAUCAGAGAAAAAGACAGUGACUUGCACUGGGAACCAGUUAGAGAUCCAGCAGGAAUCACAAAGAUGAUUAAAGGGUUGGAAAAAAAGAUCUAUGAUGAAAAAUUAAAGGAACUGGGAUUAUCCAGCGUGGAGAAGAGAAGACUGAGGGGCAAACCAUUGCUGGUUUUCAAGUGUAUGAAUGGUUGGUACAGAGAGGAUGAUGACCAGCUGUUCUCCAUAUGCGCUAAGAAUAGAACAAGAGGAAACAGGCCUAGACUGGAGUGUGAGGGGGCAUUUCCUGGCAGGGACAAUUGUUAAAUUAGAAUCCUUUGUUAAAAAAAAAAAAAGUUAAUCUCUCUCCCUCUCCUCUUUCUCUCCCUCUCCCUGUCUCUCUUCUUUCUCUCCCUCUCUUUUCUCUUUCUCCCUCACCCUCUUCGAAGGUUUAAAAAUAGAUAAAAAUGUGUUUAUUUAAGAUGGUUAAAGAUGUUCUUACAUCAAGAUAGAGUGACAGAUUACAGAAUCUUCCAAAAGCUGUUUUGAUCCUAUUACUAGGUAAUGAAAAUCUUCGGAACUUAGUCAUUCGGAUGAGGCCAAGGUCUAAUUUAGGCAUUUACCUCUUAGCCUCCUAAUGGAGGAGAAUCAAAAGGGGGAAAAAACCCAUCAAAUGGGGAGCUCACUGAAAGAUCUCUCCCUUUAUGGCAAACCUAACAGGAUUAAAACAGUAAAAUAUCUGUCCAUCAUACUCUUUUAAGAAUAUUGUUUUUUGUUUUUGGUUUUUUUUUUUCCCUAUCUCAAUGAUGUCCUAAUGUGGUAGGGUUCAUUUCUUUUUUUGGUAAAAGUAUAACCCUUUCACCUGUUCAGUGGAUGAUAGUUCAGGUUUUUAAAGAGACCAUAGCAAGGAACAGAGGCUAGAGAGUUGUUUUUUCUUUUGUUUUUUUUAAUCUGGUGCAUUCUCUCUGCAAUGUAUGUGACAAAUUGGCCACUGAUAGAGAGUGCUAUGCUAUGCUCAACACCAGUUUCAGGAUCCUUGCUUCACCCAGCCACUAUAAUUCAGUUUCAUUUGUCAAUGGGAAUCUCCCAAGUUCCACAAAUUCACCUAUUUUUCCAAAAAAAAAAAUUACCAACAGAGUAUCUUUAGUCAUUUCACUUGGUGAAGGCAGGAUGGGAGCAGGGAUGUAAAUCUGUGAGCCUUUGAAUAGGGGCCAGAUGGUAUGGCUUUAGAUCCAUUUGUAAUGAUUCAUUUCCUUUGUGGUCAUUUAACUGCACAAGUGAAGAGGAAAGGGGGAAAUAAUUGAAAAUGUCACUUUUAGGUGCCAAUAAUGGAUUGCACUAAACUGACAGAAGUUAUCCAAAGUACUGUAUAACAUCUUGUUUAUUAUUUAAUGUUUUCUAAAGUGAAAAAUGUUAGUGGUUUUCCAAACAGCCAAAUAAAAAUAAUUCUUUGUAAAUAAAAGCACUGUUAAUGAUA